AUGCGCUUCGUCCUGUAUUUUUAUACUUUGGCCAGCGUCUUCAGAUUGGGUGCUUGCUUGAGGGGGGACUCCUGCUGGGACAACUCGGAUUGCCGUGGAGCCGGCGCUUUUUAUUGUGACGCCAAGACUAGACGCUGCCUACAAAUCGAGAUCCUCGAGCCGGGUUAUUAUUGCGUUGUGGAACCAAGGCGACGAUGCGUGCAAUGCUUCGCCCUGCCCUGCCCCCUACAGGCUUCAUGCGUCCCUAGGUUUACCGGGACCGUUGGCGAGAUUCUGGGUAUU